AUGAGCCAGAGCCUUCGCAAGACAUUCACCAAGAAGAAUGAUGAGAAACUUCUUUCUAUUAUCAAGUCUAUUGGUACACAUAACUGGAAGAAGGUAGCAGAGAAAAUGACAAAUUUCACAGCAAGACAAUGUAAAGAUAGGUACAAUAUCUACUUAAAAGAGGCAAAUAAACAAGAACCUUGGACCGCAGAAGAAGAUCAAUUGUUGAUUAAGCUUCAAUCUGAAAUUGGAUCUCAUUGGACACAAAUUUCCAAUUUCUUUGAAGGAAGAAACAUCAAUAACAUCAAAAACAGAUGGCACAGAUUCAUAAAAUUCCGUGUUGAAGGUGAAAUGGCAAAGAAAGAAAAUGAAAAUCAGGCAGAAGAACAAAUUCAGCCAAAAGACGAUCAUCAUAGUAUAAGUUUCCCAGAUUUAUUAAAGGGCAUUGAAUUCCCACAAGACGAAGCUUUCAUGGAAUUAUGCUUCUUAUAA